UCUAUUUUUUUAAUCGGGAAAGAUGACUAAAUUCUGAAGAUAAACAAAUAAAACUUAUGAUAUAUUUGGAAGUACACUCGAAUUAACAAAUUUAUGCUGUUAUGAUAUUUAAAAAUAUUUGCUACAAUAUCUUACCGAUAAAAACUCCAUAAUGAAAUCGUUUAGAUUAUUUGUUCACCAGAAAAAUUUCAGUGAGGAAGAUUUGAUCAUAAAUCCAAAAGAUCUUCCUGAAGCUAAAAAAGGAGAUAUCGUUGAAAUAUAUCAUACACCUCCUGAGAGUGAUAAAACCAAAGAUAAUGAAGAAGAGAAUCCCAGACUUCUUUUACAAAUUAAAACUUUAUCAGAAGAAAUAUUACCAACAAAAGGGGUUGCAAAAGAUACUUUGAGUGUGGAGCAGAGUAUAGCAACAACUUUUGGAUUGAAGAUUUAUAAAACUGUUUCUGUAAGAAUUGUGAAUCCAGCAGAUGUAGCAUUAGAAUCUAUAGAAUUGACCUUUAAAGAUCAGUAUAUGGGAAGAUCAGAGAUGUGGAGAUUGAAAAGUUAUUUAAAAGAUACUUGUAUGUAUAUGAAUAAAAAAUUGGAAUUUUGUGGUGGUGCAAUUCGUUGCCAAGUAUAUGAAAUGUGGGCACAAGGUGAAAGAGUAGCUUGUGGCAUCCUAACUGAAGAUACCAAAAUAGUUUUUCGAUCAUCAACUUCAAUGGUAUACCUAUUCUUACAAAUGUCAUCAGAAAUGUGGGAUUUUGAUAUAUAUGGUGAUCUUUAUUAUGAAAAGGCUGUGCAUGGAUUUCUAGCAGAUUUAUUUGCCAAAUGGAAAAAACAUGGUAGUAAUCAUGAAGUAACCAUUGUUUUAUUUUCAAGAACAUUUUAUGAAGCUUCAAGUUUAGAAGAAUUUCCUCAUCAUAUGAGAGAAUGUCUACAGAAAGACUACAAAGGUCGAUUUUAUGAAGAUUUUUAUCGGGUUGCUGUACAAAAUGAGAGAUACGAUGACUGGUGUGGGAUUUUAGUUCAGCUUAGGAAAAUAUUCUCUGAAUAUUUGAAGAUUGUCUUAGAAUAUCACUCCAGACCUAAUGUAUCUAUUCCUACAGCUACGAAUAGCACCGCAGCUCAGGGAAAUUUUUUGGAAGUUCUCAAUAUGUCUCUCAAUGUGUUCGAAAAACAUUAUCUUGAUAGAAGUUUCGACAGAACUGGCCAACUAAGCGUUGUUGUAACACCAGGUGUAGGAGUAUUUGAAGUAGAUAGAGAACUCACAAAUAUAACCAAGCAAAGAAUAAUUGAUAACGGAGUAGGAAGUGAUCUUGUCUGUGUCGGGGAACAACCUCUACAUGCAGUUCCUUUAUUGAAAUUUCACAAUAAGGACGCACACAAAAAUGUACCUGAUGACUAUUCAAUGCCUCAUUGGAUAAAUCUCUCUUUCUAUUCGUCAAAUAAAAAAAUUCCACAUUCAAAUUUUGUGCCUCGAAUCAAACUACCGCCAAUCACAAAAACUAAGAAAAAAGCAGAGCCGGAAGAUGAAUAUAUUCAUAAAUCCUUCUUCGAUUAUGAUGCCUACGAUGCGCAGAUAUUUCAACAACCACCCGUUCAUUCUAUUGAAAUAAAUACUAUUCAAAGUAAACUGAGCUAUCGCUAUAAACGAAGUUCUGGAAGCUUGUUAAACGAUGAAGAGGCCGCUAAAUUCAAACGUAAAUUAUCCGAUCCUGAUAUUCAGCAAAAAGUUGACUCUAUCAACAGAUCUGAACCUAUUGCAAUACCUCCAGCCCUCACUAGUCCAGUGAUUUCUCCACCAACUGAAGUGGAUGAAAAGAAGGAGGUGUCGCCACCUGUUCGUAUGGUUGUAGGAUCUGAAGGAUCCCCUCCCCUUGAAUCUAAAGCUCUAAUCAAUCCUUUCGAUCCUACACAUGUUACGAUAAAACUCACCUCAAACCGUAGAAGAUGGACUCAUAUAUUUCCAAAAGGGCCUACUGGUGUUUUGAUACAGCAACAUCAUUAUCAAGCUGUCCCUGCUCAGAAACAAGAGGAUAAAACAAAAAUUUCCAGUGAAAAUUCAUCUUUCUGCAUGAUGGAUGUUUUGAAUGAGUAUUUCAAAAAGAAACCUAAUACUUCUACUCCAGGAAUUAACACAUCAGGACCAUCAAAAAAUCCAAGCAAAAGUUUGACUUAUCUUUGGGGAGCCACAGGGGAACAAGAAUGGACUCCUGCAUUAACAACAGUCAAUGAAGUGCUCAUAGGCGUGGAUUGGAAAUCCCUGACCAUCCCAGCUUGUUUACCAAUAACAACAGAUUAUUUUCCUGACGAACGAGCAUUGAACAUCGAUUAUGUUGUUUCACUAUACAGUUUAGUACCGGAUAGUGUAUCUGCUGAUUUUGCCCAACAAAGGCCAACAUAUCGAAAGCUCUUAACAACCGAAGAAGUAUUCAGGGAGUUGAUUUCCCAAAGAUUGGCGCAAGGGUUUCAGCUGAUAGUAAUGGAAAACAAUGAGAAAACUAACAGUUCAUUCACUUCCAAACAGAGUGUUGUUAGAGCCACAACUCCAGAAAAUGAUAAUUCUUACUUUUUAUCUAUUGGUAGACUGUUUCAUAAAAUAUAUUUAUCCGGGAAUGCCAUUUUCGUUACGAGAUAUAGACCCAGGCACCCUUAUCCUGGAUUUAAAUAUCAAUACAGGUAUAGAUUUCACGCACCACAUCAUGAUAAGUAUGAAGAAUCGUAUGCUUUAUUUACAACUGAGAAAUUGGAACACUACAAUUGGAACUAUCUGGAUCAUUACAUUUGUACAGGGGGAGAUUCAGAAUUUGUUCUAGUUGAAGCGUUAAAAUACUGGAGAUUCAGAGUUUAUCUCGUACCAGCAAACAAUCCUGCAACAAAAAAAAUCAUUGAAGGCCAUCCUCAUUUCAAUAUUUACACUUUGCCAACAAGUACCGAUUAUCAAAAUAUGGUGGAAGGUUUCUCCAAGUUCCUUGAAACGGCUAUAAACAAAAUAAAGAGAACUCAAGUGUGCAAAAAACCAAGGAUGUCUUUGAACAUAACAAACAACGCACCUCUUCUCCAGCCAAGACGCAAUAGUAUGAGCAAUUUUUUACAGAAUAUGAACAGCUCUCCAUUCCGUGAAAGGAUGGACAGUAAUAGGAUGCCUGAUAGACCUCGGCUCAGAUCUGGAUCUAAGGUAGAUCGCAGCAGAACAUCUACAAUGACCCAAGAAUCGUGCAGCUCAGAAGCACAAGGUGUUGACGUCUUCUCAGAAGAAAGUUCGUCAGUGCCUGGUCCAGUUCUGAAAACAUCUGCUUCAAAUUCAGAAAUUAUAGAAGCCAUGAAACACCCGUUGAAUGGAGUAUCUUUCAUUAAUAUGCAGCAAAAUUUGCCAUGCUACACUUUUGUUGCGGCUGAAGCUGUGACUUGGCUUAUUACACACAUGGAGGGUUCUUUAAAUGUCGAAAAGGCUGUUCAAAUCAUGGAGGGACUUCACAGCGAAAAUCUUAUAUGUCAUGCGUCAGGAAACAGAGGAAAAUUGUUCCAGUAUGGAUUCUAUUUAUUCUAUAUUUGUGGAGCUAUCGAUAAAGAUGAUAAAGAUGCGUUCCAUCCAAACGGAGACCUUUCAACCUUUGAGAAUGAAUGGCUGGAAGUGGAAAUAAAGUCAUCUUUGCAUUGGGGUAUACAACAGACACCAUCAAACUUGAGCCCAGCAACCUACACCACUGGUGAAUAUGCUGUGCCCCACUUCUUGUGUGAAGACAUCAAUGUCGACUAUGCUGAGGAAGAUAUAAAAGGUCCACUGUUCAAGAGGAUUAGGUUAGAAACUGAUGUGUCAAAUAAAAGUGACAGGGUUGAAUGGGGACACGUCAAAUAUCAAACUGUCUUCAGGCCCGAUCAAGCAUAUGAAUUCAUAAUAGAAUGGUUAACAUCUUCAGGUUCUAUCAUAGCUGAACUUUUGAACAGCUGGAAUCGAAAAGCUCAAAGUUGUGGAUUGCAAAUGAUACCAAUCCCUCAUGAUCCUUUGGCUCUCCCUUAUUCAGACAAAUCUGAUCCCUUGAGGGGACCUAUAUAUAUUCCAUUAAAUGCAAAUUGUCUCCAGAAAGAUGAUCAACUAUUCAAAGACUUUCCUGAGGACACAGCUGCAGAACGACUCUUCCUUUUCCAAGAAGCUAUUGUGCAACGGUUCGGUUUCUUAAAUUGCCACUCCGAAACCUCAAAUUCUAGCAGUUCAUCAUCGAGGGAACACCAAUAUGUACAUUGCACAGGAGCUGUUUUUGUCUUGUUCUCGUGUACCACGACAAGGUCCAGAAGUAGGGUCACUUCAAUGAGUAAAGGUAGAGCCACUGGUAGAUACUCCGUGCACGCAGAUAUUGUGCCUAGUCCUCAUGAGGCCUACAUUACGAGACAUGUGAGCGGAAAGAAUAAAGACGACUAUGAUAACUCUAGAAAAUUGGGAUACUUGUGGUCUUGGAAUCAUAUGGUCAGCAAGAGAUGGCGCUCAAACCAGGCCGUUGAUAAUAAUUAUCUUACAAGGAUGUUGAAGGAUUUCAGAGAAUUCUGCGCAAAUGUGGAUAACAGGUUACAGGAAUUUUUAGAUGAAUGCUGGGAAGUGAAAGUGGCUGCCUCCGCGAAAAAUAUUACUUUGUGAAUUUGUUCAAUAAUUAUUCGUCUUGAUUUUAAACUGGUAUACAUACAUUCGAUAGUCUUGUGAUAAUUGAUAGAGAUUAAAGUUUUAUAUUAAACUCUUUUAUGUCUACAUAAUAAAAAGUAUUUUUUAUGUC